AUGGCAGAAAACCUUGUCCCCCUCUCCCAAGGCGCUGGAUAUGGUGUAGUGGUAGGGAUAGGCCUGGCCUUUGGGGUCGGUAUGGUCUUGGUGAAUAGGUUUUUGGAGAGGUUUAUGAGUGAGCGGUCGGAUCAUACCGAGAUGUUUAUGGUUGCCAAUCGCAGUGUUGGGACGGGGUUGACAGCUUCGGCGGUGAUUUCCUCGUGGAUGUGGGCAACUGCUAUCAUUUGGACUGUCGCUCAAGGAUAUCUAUACGGAAUUGCAGCGCCUUUCUGGUAUGCUGCUGGCUGUUCGAUCCAGAUUGCCUUGAUGACCGUUUUGGCUAUUCAUGCCAAGGUCAAAGUUCCGAAUGGACAUACAGUCCUUGAAAUUGUCCGUCUGCGAUAUGGAACAUCAGCUCAUCUGGUCUAUAUCUUCUUAUGUUUCGUGACGAACCUACUGUCUGUGACUUCGAUGAUUCUCGGUGCGGCCGGUGUUAUUACAGCAUUGACAGGCAUGCAUAUCAUCGCAUCUACCUUCUUACUACCUUUGGGUGUCGUCGUUUAUACAGUCGCUGGUGGUCUGAAGGCGACGUUUCUCACUGACUAUGUACACACGUUCAUUGUCAUGGUGAUCCUAUGCUUCCUCACAAUCAAAGCAUUUACCAACCCAGCUAUCAAAGACCUCGACUCAUUCUACAAUAUCCUUGUCGAGGCGUCCAAAAGUCGAUAUAUCGAAGGGAACUACCAAGGAUCAGUGUUGUCGUUUAAGUCGAAAAGCUCAAUUAUAUUUGGUCUGGUUCAUUCGUUUGGUGAUUUUGCCUUGGUGAUUAUGGAUACAAGUUUCUGGCAGAAGGGUUUUGCCGCUGAUACGGCUGCAACGAUGCCUGGAUAUAUGCUAGGAGGAAUUGCCUAUUUUGCUGUUCCAUGGGCUGUCGGAACAACGGCUGGCCUCGCGGCAAUCGGACUCGAAAAUACAUCCAUCUUCCCAACAUAUCCACGAAAAAUGACAACCGCCGAAAUCAACGCCGGCUACGUCCUGCCAUACACCGUCAUGGCCAUCGCCGGAAAAGGAGGCGCCUGGGCUCUCCUCCUCGUCGUCUUCAUGUGCGUCACCAGCACGACGUCUGCCGAAUUCAUCGCUGUCUCGAGUAUCUUCUCCUUUGACGUGUACCGAACAUACAUCAACCCACACGCGAGCGAUAAACAGGUCAUCCGCGUCUCGCACUGGACGGUCGUUCUGUUCGGGAUAUUCGCGUCUGCGUUUGCGACGGCCCUGCAUUAUGGUGGUAUUGAUCUGAACUGGAUUGGAUAUUUCCUCGCUACAAUCAUCUGUCCGGGGAUGUUUCCGUUGGCGUUUACGAUAUUGUGGAGGAGGCAGUCUGCGGCUGCGGCUACGAUUGCGCCGAUUCUUGGUUUGAUCACUGGAAUUGCGAUAUGGUUGGGAAGUGCAUAUGCGUAUAGUGGCGAGUUGACGGUUCUUUCAACGGAAGCGCAGUUGCCGUGUCUAUGGGGUGCGCUUUCAUCCACGUUUUCGUCGGCUAUAUACUCCAUCAUCAUCACAUUCAUCAAGGUAUCACCUAUCCAAAACACUAUACGCUGGCCUCAGCUAAUACGGGUGAAGCCCGAAAACUUCGACUGGCGUGUAUUUCUCCUCCUAAACCAAGUCAAAGACGACUCCAGCACAACCUUUAUGCAAGAUACCACCGAUCUCGAUAACGUGCAGCAUCCUUAUCCAGCAUCCGAGCUGAAAAGGAUGAAUCGUGCAGCUAUUAUCGCCAGUGUGUUCAGUGUAGUUGUCGGGGCGGUUACAUGGGUUGUGUGGCCGUUGCCGCUGUAUAGGGAUUAUAUAUUUACUGCUGAGUUUUUCAAGGGAUGGACAACUGUUGCGGAGAUCUGGUUAUUUAUCUGUCUUCUUGUUGCGUGUGUCUAUCCUGUCUAUGACGGGAGGCAUGUUCUGGCUAAGGCUGGGAGGGUGGCGUGGAAGAGGCUGACUAGUAAGAGUGAAGAGGUAGAGGAGGAAAGGCAUUCGGAGACUCUGCCUGAAAAGUCUUGAUCAGAGAAUUUUACAUGCUGUGCAUAGAUGAAGAUGAGGCCUGGGUGGAGUUCGAAAAAUAAUAAAUAUAUCGGGCAGAUUCUACAAUUCGAAGCCGAUAAUUAAGUAGCAUACCUCGCGAGUUGAUUCAUACUGAGCUCAACGUCACAUUAUGUCAUUUGAUGACUAUCAUUCGCGGCCAAACGCCCUUUUGUGCCGCGCAAAAAGUCAUCAUUUGCAUUCGAACCCGUAUGGAUUGACUGACCGAGGUUGGUUCUAGAUUGACUAGUAACAUGCGGCAGCGACAUUGUCUUCAACUGGAAAA